AUGACGUCUGCGUCGACCUUGCUGCAGACAUCCUUUGGGGAUGCAGAGGAGAACGUCUGCCUAGAAGGGCGCGGGACGUUGCUUACAGGCGUUGCUAACCGCACCCCACCGCCUCGAGCGGAAUGUGUCACCUACGCAAAGCUGCCCUGCAAGUGCGCGCCCGGGCCUCCUAUCGUUGUCUCAUCGUCGCUACGGCCGCGCUCGGCAUCGCCAGCGACACUGGAUGCGGGAAAUCACUUGCUGACAGCUCCCCUGCCACUUCAAGCCUCCGCCCCGCCACCAUCCUCGUCAACAGAAGAAGUAGCAACGUCAUCACUGCCUAAACCACCGGCUCCUACAAGUGCCGCCUCUGUGAAUGAGAAGGGCGACUCGCCCUUUCUGGCAGCGCAGCAGUUCCUGUUCUCCUCCGGGGCGUCGCUGCUCCACUACGCAAACCCGUCCUUUUACCUCUCUCUGCGCAGCGGUGUAGACGCAAACGGAGGCGGCGGUGGCACCAGCACCAGCUUUGUCGAGGAGCUAAGCGAGGAAGGCCAGCGCAACUUGUUGACGUCAUCCACGGUAGCAGCGGCACUCAAGGAACGGUAUGACGGAGUCGGUGCUACAGCCGUGUCGGGCAGCAGCACCGGUGCCAGCGGCGGUAGCGUAGACUGGAAAAAGAUCGACUGGGUGCGCCAGCAGUGCCGCUACACGGGCGAGGCACUGAAGUCUCUCGUAAGAACGGCUCACGAUGGCGAAGCGGCUGCGCGGCGGGAGAGUGUGUCGCACGCGACUAAUGCGGCAGCCGUCGCCUCACCGCCUCUGCCCUCUGCCACCUCAUCCUCCACCCCUGGCAGCGCUGAGGUGGGGGAAAAGUCGGUGGGUGCCCGCCUUAUGCAAUCUCUGCUGUACCCUUUCACGCAGCCAACCGUUCCGCCAACGCCCGCGGUCGCAGCGCCGGCGGCUGCUGUGGACGACGCUGUCACUGACACGGUGGUCCCGCACGGGGUCGGCGUCAUGACGUACUUGCUCUACUGCAAGCCCAAGACCGCUGGCUAUGGAUACCCCUCUGGUGGCUCCAGGAGCCAAACCGCAGGCGCGGGUGCGUCGUCUUCGCCCCUCCUUCCUAUACCCCCAUUUCUUCCGCCGGACCUUAUACCGACUGCCUACUGCCCCCCGCUCACCGACAUUGAGAUCACGACCGCUGAGGACGGCUUCGCUUCCUCAGGAGCCUUGGCAGCAUCCCCUGUGCCUCCGGUGCCGCACCUCUUGCUGUUGUCGCUGAUUGUAUACGAGGGCGCCUUCGUGCGUGGGCGACGGCAUGGGCGAGGUCGUCUGACGGCGUACGGGCGAAUGGUGCUGGAGUGCACUUGGUCAGAGGAUGUGCCAUGUCUGGCGGUGCCAUGGCCCAUAUCUCAGGCAGCAACGUCAGCGGCGUCUCCGGCGCCGACGCUCUGGAACGUGAGCGCGCACGUGUGGACGCCCACAGCCGCCAAGCCGACGCUGUCGCUCCCACACGUCAGCCAACGUGCACCACGCGCUUGCAUCACCAACACGGAUGGCACCAAAGCGGCUGAAGCACGUCGCUGUUCCUCCGGCGCCCCCUCAGGGACGUGGUCGGUGAGGGCGACUCAGGCGUACAUGGGCUCCUUGAUGCUGGCAACGGUAGCAAGCAAGAAGCUGCUCGCCAAGAUGGAGGCAUGCAUGGGAAGCGCUGGGGCUCCCCUGGUGGCGAAGGCGGUAACCGACCUGCACGGCGCGCGGUACGUCGCUCUUCCUGUUCCCCACCCUUGGCCCUCGUCGGACGGCGUGGAUCUCUGCGACGCCUUCUGCGGAUUGGGCUGGGCGAAUCACGUGGUGCUCCUCCCAGAUGGUUUCGGCGAAGCACACUUUAGGGCAGACGGCGGCCUGGUGCGCUCUGCCGCGCCGCCUGCAUCAUGUGCACUGACCGUAUCUGCUCUUGGUGGUCUCUUUCAGCCGCCAUUCUGGGUGCCAGAGACCUCUUCUGCUGCCCUGCUCAUGUGCACCUCCCUCCCAUUACCGUCUUCUUGUUGGCAGUACUGCGGUCAAUGGUCAGCUGGCCUCCCGCACGGCUUCGGGGCAGCAGCCGAGCGGCUUACUGACCCCACCGCCGCUUCCCUUGCCUUGUCUGCCUCCACUGCUGGUGCAGGGCCACCGCAGUACCCGUGGCGCUCGCUCUUCCUUGGGCAGUACGUGAACGGGAAGCGACACGGGCCAGGGACCUAUCACGGCGCGCAGGGUAGUGAGGCCACAGAGGUGGUCUUGUGUGGUACGUGGCCGCGCCACGGACGGAGCAGCACCGCUGCUCGCGAAAAUGAAGAACAGACAGCGGCGAACGUCGUGCUUUUGCCCGCCUCCUUCGGCACCGGUGUUACCCGUGCCGCCGGCUUUGGAGCCGAAGCUGCCGCCUCUUCCCCACCUCCGCCGCCGCUCUCGUCAUCGUUCUUUUCGGUGCAGUGUGUUCGCUGGAGCGACAGCGGCGCCGACGAAGUCAGAAAGCCUGAAUGCGGCAGCAGCGGCUGCGGAGGGGGGUUCUUUCCGGUCGCGAAGCUGCGGCAAUCUGCUGCGGCGUUGAGCGGCAUGUGGGAACCGCUGUUCCGCGCCGUGGACGACGCGGUGGCUGGGCAGAGCCCUACACUGUUGUUCGGCGCCGAGGAGCCUAGUGGUGGAACGAAAGGUGGAUGUAGAGGUGACGAAGCUGCCGUAUCCGAUGCCUCUCCAUCGCGCAAGGCGCUGCUGUGGCAGCGAGCAUGUCGAGCAAUCGACAGCUUCGUCGCCUCCCCCGAGUGUGUCGCGGUGCUGAGCACCUUUCAUGCGUGUUUUGCGUUCAUGUACGGGGAAGACGUGGCCGCCGUGACUGCAGCGGAUGGAGCAACAGCAACAGCGGUUUCUGCGACUGUCACAACGCCUUCAGGGUCGGACGAAGCAGCGCUGAGGCUUCUGCAGCGCCUCGAGAGUGCUACGACUGUCGCAUCGUCGUCGUCUGCGGCGUCACGCAUGGGGUACCCGUGGUGCCCACUGCACUCCUGGUGUGCGAUGGGGCGUCUAGGCAGCCCAUCCGUCUCGCUGCGCGGGACACAGGGUGGCCCCGGAUUUGCGGCCUGCCUCCACUCGGGACUGUCAGACGGCGCCACACAUUAUCAGCCUCCACCCACCGCCUCGCGCCUUGGCACACGCCAGCCCAGCAGCUGCACCAGAACAGCCUGCUCGGAAAGAAGCGAAAGUAGCGCUCCGCUGCGACCCCCGCUCAGCGCCGCGGCAGCCGCUCUCGAACCAUUUGCUGCGGCCCACACCUUCACCCACGCCAUGCACGCGGCCGCCGCCUUCGUCUCCUCCCUGCGUCUCCGACUUCUCUCCUGUUUCGCCGCCUACCCAGACCUCUGUGAGGUGGUCAUGGGGGACAAGGUAUGCGAGGACAAGAUUGUGCAGUACUGCUGGCACAUCAUCUUUGGCUACGUGGGGUCAGUGCUGGUGAGGAGGGCGACCGCCGUUGCGGUAGCUGAUGUGCGUCUCGUGUGGGAGCUGCUCGGACUCAAGAGCAAGAGGGGCAGGAAGGAAACGCUGACAGACUACUUCGUGGCCCUGCGCCGGUGUCGCACCCUGACGAGAGCGAACAUAGCGACUAUGGCGUGUACCGACGUUUUGGAAGCGUGUGAAGCAGGCGGGCAUUCUCCGCUAAACGAGUGCGCCAGGCGUCUCGGAAAGUUGCUGGAGCUGCACGCGACAGUUGCUUCGUCGUCCCCCAUGCAUGGCACGCCAGUCAACCGUAUCUCCAGCGAGCUGCAGGAAAUGACGACUCUCCUCUCACAACUGCAUGCCUUGUUAGGCACUGCGGGAAAACCCAGCGGUCGCGUGAAGAGCUCCGCGGAUCAUCUGUCCGGGUCCGAGGGAGAAGACAUGGCAAUGACGGCGACGUUGACGUUGGCGCAGCGGGAAGCGCUGCUUCGCUGGGUUCUCUUUUCGGCGGCCGCGGGCCACACGGCAGCCGCCUCUUUUCCAUCACGCAGCGUGGUAGGGCGGCACCCGUUCGCGUUCCUCUUGGUUGCUCAUUUCCUGCUCAGUGGCCGAGUCAUCCCUGCGUACCCCGUGCUGGUCGGUGAUAGCAGCGGAUGUCCCUCGCGGCACGGUCUUCUGCGGCUUCUGACGGACAUGGGGAGAGCCACGAGAGAGCUGAUGCACACGUACCCCUCAGUCCGCUCGCGGGCUCUCCUCCCCUCGCCGGGUGCGCGAAUACAUGUAUGGACGAUGUCUGCGGUGUGUCCGCUGGACACGUUAGCGCUAAAGCUGGAGUACGUACUCAGUCAUUGUGCGGCUCUGCACCUCUGCGCAUCCUGCCGUGUUCAUCUGAUCAGUAGCGGUGCCGAAGGUGAGUCUCUAUCCUUGCUACAGGGUGGCGGUGAGGGCGGCUCCGCUGACGAGAGGGGCGACACGGGCGAAUGCAGCGGCGGUGCGCCGAAGGACAACACCAUCCACCUCAGCGUGCACAGUCUGUCUCACGAGGCACAUCAGUGGUGCCGGCGCGAGCUUACGGACCGUCUCACUGCGCCGCUCCUGGAGGCGCGCCUUCGGCACUACUGGGAUCGUCUCACGCCGAGCUCUGCGCAGCACAGCAGUCCCAAUCACCACCCCGCACGAGUUGAUGGGACUGAGGAUCGUCGCCGCAACGACGCGACCCCGCCUUCGCCGUUGAUGUGGUGGUUGCUGCUUUGUUUGCAGGGCGUGUUGAGUCGUCCACUCCAGCCUCAGCCGGUGGUGAAACCGUCUAGCGGCACUGCCCCGGCGGGCUCAACCUCCAUGCGGCGUCGCACCACUCAGGCCUCUUCACAGUCGCCUAGGCAGUCCUGCUCGACCGCGCUUCCGACCCGCUACACCUGGAAGAAGUUUAUCAGUGCCGUCUUCUUCAGCCCUGCAGAACGAGAGGAGUGGACCUCGGCCCACAGCCCCACCACCACCGCAGCCGCCUGUGCUCUGUCCUUGAUGGACAGCUGCUAUGUGGCCGCCCUCGCCUAUACGCUCCACGAGCUUGCCGGCAUAGAGCUGAACCUCAGAGUGCGCUUUGUGUUCGAAGACGAUGACGAGGACGAGGAGAGGAGCACCGAUGCCGACAGGCAGGCGGCCAGCGAGGCAGGCGGGGCGGGCGAGCGUCGUGGUGCGACGGCUUUGGCGGCGUCGUCACUCCAAAUGGAAAGCAUCAGGCAGUCGCAGCGUGAGCGGAAGAACAUCUUCCUGAGCUCUUCCUCAUCCUCAUCCUCCAUACCUCUGUCGCCGCCGACAGCGUCUCCGUCGCCGGGACGAAACCUCUCCCCAGAUAGUGGCGUGCAGCGCGCGGCCACGGAUGCGCAUACCGGCAGCAGCAGCAGUAGCAGUGGGAACGGUAGCAGCCACGGUUGCUCGCCAGGUGAUGAGACUACCGCAGCCUCAACGCAGUUGUCGACCCCGACGCGUCAGCGCCUUCCCGCCUCGCAGCAGGCGUCGCGGCUUGCAUGUACGGAGGAACCACCGUGUGAUGGGCCACCCCGAGCGAAUGGACGCCUGCGGAGUCAGUCGGCGGCCGUUGCCGGCUCUGUGGCGUCUCCCCUGAUGGGUGGUCCCGUGGGAAAGGAGUGGGAAUUGACGCUAGUGCUUCGACGCGGUAGUGACGACGGCGGCGAGCAAGAGACGGCAGCGUCGCCCAAGCACCUCUUCUCAACUCUCACUUGGGAGGUGAUGGAGCAGGUGUGCUCGACCGUGCUCCAUCAGCUGCAAGCCACGGCCCAGCCCGGCGAUGCGGCGGAGAGCAAGAAGAUGGCGAAGGCAAAGGCAGAGAAAGCCAGGCGGCGACCAUCAAAGCGAGAGGCAAUAUCGAUGUAA